AUGACAUCAGGAGCGCGGAGCCAGGGCGCAGGCGCAGGCGCCGGCGGCGGGGCGGGGGAGAGAAGAUACAGGAGGCAGAGCGCGGCGCUUGCCAGCAUCCCCAUCGCUUCGGAGCGACUCCGGCGUGUCCUGGCCCCGCCCGGCCGCCCCCUCCGCCCGCCAGCGAGCCCAGGGAAGGCAAGGAGCCUCCUCCCGCCAGGGACCCCCUCCUGCCCCACGCCCGGCACCAUGUCUGCGGGAGGAGACUUCGGAAACCCCCUGCGGAAAUUCAAGCUGGUUUUUCUGGGGGAGCAGAGCGUUGGGAAGACGUCCCUUAUCACAAGGUUCAUGUAUGACAGUUUUGACAACACGUAUCAGGCUACAAUCGGAAUCGACUUCUUAUCAAAAACCAUGUACUUGGAAGAUCGGACAGUCCGAUUGCAGCUCUGGGACACGGCGGGCCAGGAGAGGUUCCGAAGCCUGAUCCCCAGCUACAUUCGUGACUCCACAGUGGCCGUGGUUGUCUAUGACAUCACAAAUCUCAACUCCUUCCAGCAGACAUCCAAAUGGAUUGAUGAUGUCAGGACAGAAAGAGGAGGUGAUGUCAUCAUUAUGUUAGUGGGCAACAAGACAGACCUCGCAGACAAGAGGCAGAUAACAAUUGAAGAGGGGGAACAGAGAGCCAAAGAACUGAGUGUCAUGUUUAUCGAGACCAGUGCAAAGACAGGCUACAAUGUAAAACAGCUGUUCCGACGUGUCGCAUCCGCACUGCCCGGCAUGGAGAGCGUUCAAGAGAAGAGCAAAGAAGGAAUGAUUGACAUCAAGUUGGACAAACCACAGGAUCCUCCAGCCAGUGAAGCCGGGUGUUCUUGCUAAUACAGAGCACAGGAUUGGUCAGCUUCAUUUGAUACCACACGCUUGUUCUGUUGCUUCCUAUUGGUUAGCUUCCUAAAGAAACAAAUUGAGUUAUCAGAUGGGGGAGGAUUUUUUUUCUCUCUGUCUCUGGGGAUGGGUGGGUGGGAAUGUUCAGAUCACGUCACUCUUAACAGCUGUUACUGAAACUUAUUAUUUUUUUGGUUUGGUUGUAAUAUAUUGUACUUUAUUAAAAUUGCCAAAAACAGUUCAACAUUUAAAAAGGAAAGUUUAAAUCAUGUGUAUACAACUUUUUGCCAGAAGAAAAGUAGUGACUUUGGGUUUUUUGGAAGGAGAUUGGUCUUUUGUUUUUGUAUAUUUGUAAACUUACAGAAAAACUCUCCAGAAUACUACAGUCUGGUUAGUUUCAGCAUCUGACAUAGGACAUCGCUAGUAGAAAACUAGUCCCUGAUUAGUUAAACAAAAUGUUAACUGUACAGUAAAAGAUUUGACGGUAGAACAAAUCAUACUGCAAAUACACAAAAUAAGUGUGUGAUGUAAUAGCUCUAACUAUAUCUCUAUAUCUCCAUAUACAGAUUUAGAGCGGGGUGGGCAAACUGCGGCCCAUGGGCCGGAUCUGGCCCAUGAGCCGUUUUAAGCUGGUCCGCAAGCUGUACCAUGCAGCUUGGCCCUGCUCCGGCCAGGGUGCUGAGUCGGGGGCCGUACCACGCAGCUUAGCCCUGCUCCAGUGAGGGCGCUGGGUUGGACCACAUGGCUCUGCUCCACUCCAGCACUGGGUCAGGGACAACACUACGUGGCUCAGCCCUGCUCCAGUAUUCUAGCCGGGGCACAGGGUCAGGGCUGCACCACGUGGCUUGGCCCUGCUCUGGCCAGGGCCUGCACCACGCAGCUACAGGAAGACAUGGCAUGGCCCCGCUCCAGCUCCUACAUGCUCCAGUGGCCCCCUACAGCGCUCCAAUUGGAACUGCAGUGGCGGUGCCUGAGGAUGGGGCAGCCUUCAGAGCCACCUGGCAGCACCUCCAUGUAGGAGCCAGAGAAGGGACAUGCUGCUGCUUCCGGGAGCCACUUGAGGUAAGCGCAGCUUGGAACCUGCACCUCUGAGCCUCUCCCCACAUCCCAACCCUCUGCCCUUUCCCCUUCCCCCAGCCCUGAUCCCCCUCCUGGUCUCCAAACCCCUCAGUCCCAGCCCAGAGCACCCUCCUACCCCCCAAACUCCUCAUCCCCGGCCCCACCCCAGAACCUGCAGCCCUUCCCACACCCCAACCCCAAUUUUGUGUGCAUUCAUGGCCCGCCAUACAAUUUCUAUUCCCUGAUGUGGCCUUUAGGCCAAAAAGUUUUCCCACCCUGAUUUAGAGAGAUAUAAACAGAGGGGGAAAUGUAUGAUAAGGGUAGUAAAAUACACUUGUUAUCUCAUGUCUUAGGGUUGACUACCCAACUCCCAGACGGUGAGACAGAGUGUUCAUUACAUGCAAGUCUCACUAUCAUGCAUUACACAGUAUUAUACCAUCCCAGAGGAGGUAUGUGCAGAGCUACUGAUAUAGCAAUCAAUGUUUUUAAGACUUUUUAGUUGUUAAUGUUGUAUGGCAUAGUUCUUAAAGUAUAAUGUACUGGUGUUUUUUUUUUUUCCCUCAUGGAUAUAGAAUAAGAGACACACACAUGCUAUAGUGACUAUAUUGAAAAAACUACAUUACUAUCAUUAAAAAGUAUGGUUGUCCCAUGGAAUUCCAUUCACCAUGGUUAACAGUGGCCACCAUUUUGUAUUCGCCCUUGAAUAGGAGUAAGUGCCUGCAAAGAGUUGGUACCUUUAUAAAAAAAUUCCUGUUCCUGUUGGAAAGCUCCUGUUUGAGCCUGAGCAAUAUUCAGAUGUGUUUCACUUUCAAUGGGGAUUGAGCGCUAAGUGUCCACCCACUCUUCCAGCUCCAAAAUGGUGGCCAAAGUUUGGCAACUCCUAUAGAUAAGGAGCAAAAUCAUGUAGAUCACUGCAAAAUCAUGAAGUUUGUCCAGUGGGGCCACCACACUUUUCAACUGACAGGCCUAUACAUGAUGGUUGCUCUUUAUUAUGGAACAUUUUCUGUAUGAUUAAAAAAAGUCAGGUGGCUGAUGAAUCGGGGAGGGUGGGGGGAGGUCUUGGCUUCUGAAAAGGGAAGACUGUUUUGGUAACAUGGAUGUAAUUUUUGUAUUGUGUACACACAUUUUACAUAUAUCUAUAAAGCAUCCAUUCGCUCACACAAAGGCACAUGCACACGCAUACGUACACACCCACCCACACCGAAUAAAGUUUUUGUUUCACCCGCUGUUGUUAUGACAUGCAACUGCGUUAGACAACAGUUGUGGAAAAUGAAAUGUUUGGGAACAAGAAGUUCUUGUUAUUGUCAAAUAACUUGUGAUUUUUCAUCUCAUCAAUAAAAUAACACAUAGAUGUGCAUGCAGUGAGAAAAAAAUGCACAUGGAAACAGCUCCACAUCCACUACAUCUGUAUAUGAGAGUUGUGCAGAUGCACACUCUGUGUAAACACACACACACACACAGAACAAUGGUGGUUGUCGAAAGAGUGCCUGUUACCUCACAGCAAUUUAAACCAAUUCAGUGUCACUUGGAUUGCAGUGUAUUGUAUUAUCUUUAGUACAGUACUUGGCCUGAGUGACAAGAUACUGUGUGAACUUAAUGAAUGUACUGAUUUUUGCUUUAUGAAGUAGCUUUCCUCGUGCAAUAUUCCUGUAGAAAAAUAAACCUCCCCCUCCCACACACAGAUGCGCACACACAAUCUGGAGAACCUUUAGCCUUUUUCUUUUCCUCGCAUCAGUAGCGUUAGAGAAGUGAUUGCCGAGCUUCAGUAUAAGAGUCGCUUGUCUCAAUGUGACCUGCAGCCAGACCUCAAUAUGAGGUAUUUAGAAUUUCCUUUAUCUCCUCCCUGGUUGCGUUAGUAAUCAGUUCUGCUUGGCCAUAAAGCAAUUUUCUGACUCUCUCUGCUCCCCCCCUUUCCCCCUUGUCACAUCACUUGCAUAGGCUCUCAUGUCAUGUAGACUUUAAUUUUUUCCAGUCUCAUACUAUGUUCCAUUCAUUGUGUUAAUAACCAGAUCUCUUUAUUUGCUACAUUGUCAUCACUGUACAUUCCACUCCUGUUUGUCUCCCAUGCUGUCUGGAAUACAGUGUUGUUAAAUUUCAUUCAGAAACCUGAAACGGAACCUUGACUUAGCCCUUUGCUGGGGGUGAUGCUAUCUGAGCUGACUUGUCAUUGGCUGCACAAGAGCCAGUCAUGUGGAACCGUACAAGGGCAGAAGGACAUGGACCUCUAUGGUACAGAAAAUCCCUGGGGCAUAACUGAUUUAAACAGUUACCAGUAAGACUCCCUCCAAUUUUACUUCUCUAGCAUACUUCACGGGAACACCAGAGAGCACUUUGCAAAUGAUAAAACCAGAUGAAAUGGAAAAAAAAGUAAGAGAAAAAUCAGUGCUAACCAAAUCAUUUUAAAAGGCUAUCUAAGUCUAACUAGCGACUUGCUAUUCAUCUCAGUGUCAAGAGGUGAAAGCGUGCUGGAGAGGUUAUUGUGCUUUGACAUAUUUUCAGUGUAACUAAUGUAGACUUCUGAAGAAAGGCCAGGGCAGUGAUGACUCCAAGAAUAUUAGCUUUGGAAACAGGAGAAAUGGAACCCCCCUCAGAAGAAGCAACUGGGGUGGAUAGAUGAGCACUGCGUUGGAGGGACCCAUCAAGAAAAGUUCUUCCUUGUCAGUCUUCAUUCAGAGCUGUAGUAUCGGAAUGAAAACUAUGUCAAGACAAUGAGCAGCUGCCAGUUCCACAGCAGUGAGCGUUGGCAAUAGGCACCAUGGGUUGCUGUCUCGUGCAGGGCUGCUGGGUGUCUAUGUGGCACUAGGGAUACUCUAACAAGAAACAGGAGACCUACUGAGAGGCCUGUGCUUCCUGCAGUGCUCAGACAGACACCUCAUCCCCAUCUCAGGGAUGAAGGAGAAUGUGGAGCCAAUGUGAGGGAGUUGAAACAGCCCCUACCAGAGGAGGACAGUCCCCUAAUGGAUCCCAGAAGGGAAAGGAAAAAAAGAACAGACUCUCCACUCCAGAAGACAUGAAAAAACUACUGGAUCCCCCUUCUCCCAGAGGAGAAAACAGGCCCCUGGCAUCUCAAAGGGGAGCAAUAUGAGAGAGAAAGGAAUGAUGGAGGAAGGUGAGAACAACGGGAGAAAAGGGAAAGAAGAGCUGAGAGGGAGAGAAAGGGUUAAGAAAGAAGAGAAAGAGAAAAAGAAACUGAGAUCAAUGUACCAGGAAGGAGUGUGAGAAUAUAUAGAUGGGGAAGAUAGGGAGAUGACUAAUAAGGAGGUGAAGACAGGCUGAAUAAGAUAGAAGAGAAGCCUGGAGAGAUGCCCUGAGUGUAUUAGAAAUGCCAGAGAGAGCUAGUCAGAUGGAGGAGAGGAAAAUGGGCAGAGAAAAAAAAUAAUUGAAAUCUUCUCAAAUGCACAGACAAACUAGACUGAAGAAAAGAGACAGUGCAGAGGGGGAAGAAGAAGGAAGGAUAGAUUUCAAUUCAAUUGAAAAGCUUAAUGUCAAAUGUUACAAUAAGAUACACAUAAAUGUUAGUUUUUAGGUAUUAGGGGACAUGGUAGUUUAGGGCUUGGGAACCACGUUUGGAGAUAGGAUGUGUGAGUGGGGAGCAUGAGGUAGGGGUCUAUCAUUCUUGUGCAUGGGGCUAGAGAUUAAUCCUAGGAGAAGUGCCUUCCCAGUGGUGAUAUUGGACUGGGUGAUAUUUAUACCCACUUUUGCAAGCAUCUUAUGGGAAAUAUGCAAAUAAGUUUGAAGGCCCAAUGGUUUUGAUUGAUAUGAAUCUUAUUCUGUCUCCAUCUGCCCCAGAACUAGAUAGCUUUUAUGUACAUCUGACACCAGAGACCAUUGGUGGCCAUCACCAGUAACUUAUUGACCCAAAAGUGCAUGUAAAUCUAGACUAAAGCAGAAACCAAACUCUCCCUCGGGACAUCUUUGAAACCAUACAUGAAACAAUAGAAGAGCAGGGGCCCAUGGUAACAAAUUGCAGGUGUUCAGGCAGAUAAGACUGAAGCUAGGUGAGUCCAUAGCAGAUAAACUAAUUAAUGCAAUGUUCCAAACACUGUGUCCCACAUAAGAGUUCAAUGGGAACACAAAAUCCCAGAACUGCAGAUAUAUCCUAGAGUAGUCCCCCAUGCUUUUAGUGGGAAAAAUCAACAGCAGACUGAGAUACGUUAAAUAACUUAUUCUAUUAGAAGUACCAAUGGAAUUAGGUGCCUGUCUCCUCAAAAAUCUGUUAAAGGGGAUAUGGUAAUUAACAGAAUUUCCCCGGAGAGCCUAGGUUUCCUUACAAACUCAUAUUACCUUAAAAUAAGACAAUACCUUCUCAACAAUGUUCUGGGACUGCCCAAGAUGGACAUAUGUGAGGGUGACUAGAUAUUUAAAAACAAGAGGACUGACAGAGAUUAGCUGGGCAAACAGGUGUGGUUGAUAUUCCAAGCAAAAGAGUAGAGAAAGUGUUUGCAACUUUUGGAAGACAGACCAUUACCCAUGUAACAGACCACCAGAACUCUAACCAGGACAAGAUAAUCUUGUGGCUCAUUUAAGAAUAAAAUAGUAUAUAUUGCUCACCUCAGAACUUUUCUAUAACCACAUAAAGUAUGAAGUUGUUCCAGAUAGAGAGCAAGCCCAGGAAAACUUUACAGCCAGCAAUCACUCUCCCUCAUCUUCCUGAGCAAACUCGUAUUAAAGAAAGCAAUGAGUGGCAGAAAUCUGCAUUCAUCUCCCCUUGAUAGCAGUAACAUCAGUCAAAUAAUUUGUUGUGGGAUUAUAGAGAUCAACCCACUCUUUACUAAUGAACAGUCUUAGAAUUUAGGAAAUCAGAGGGGGCAGUCUGGAGUUACUUAGAGAGAGCAAGGAAGUAAAAUGAGGAUUGCUGGAUAGAAAUAGGAGAAGGAGUGGCAAUGAUGUGAGGAAGAGGAAAAAAGACUGAAGUGGUGAGAAAAAGUGAUGGCUAGACACACGAUGUCUAUAGUAGAAGCCGCCAAAGAAAUGAUCAAAUGAGAGUUCAUACAUAAACAUUAACAUGCUGAGUUAAGCCAAAAGUGAUGUAAAUUCUUAAUGUCACCCACCGAGGAAGCAGCUACCCCAUCUAACAUGAGUUCUUAAAAACCUAUAUGGACAUCAGGCUUGUUCUUAGAUAGGUCAGAGUCAAAACAAGAAGUGAACAGGGCUGCAGACAAAAGUGGACACGUUAAGAGACCAAUGCACAAAGUCAAAAAAACCCAAUAGUGCUGCAUCCUCUAGCUCAGUUAGACAGAUGAGGACCAUAGCAAAUGCAUAAAGCACUGGUGAAGUCUCCCUGAAAAGGAUGAUGCCCAUUGAGUCCAGCCAGAUUUCAAUAACUGUAACAGAAGCCUGGUGUUGAGGAUAAGCAAUCUUUUGUAGCAUUGGGGCUUAUCCCUCAGGCACUGCACUCUUAACAGAGCCAAAGUCAAGUUUCUGUAUUACCAUGUCUGAAUAAGAUAUUCCAGAGCUUAAAGUCAGAUAGCUGGACACUUUUGGGACAUGGCGAAACUUCCAAAAAGAACGUAUAAGAACCAUUAAACCCACAUGAUGGCAUUUGGGAGAUGUAGGAAGUCCCAGAGCCUUGCAAAUUGCAGUCAGGGCACCAAGAAAAGAAGCAGAAUCAAAUUGUCUCUACUUUCUCAGGGAAGUCAAAGGAGAACACACUAAGGAUGUGGGAGAUAUAAAGGGGGAGUGAGGAACAUGUUACAGGAUUAUUUUCCAGGCUAGGAUCCUGGCCAAUCUGUUGCCAUCAAUAAAUAUGAGACCCCUGAACAGGAAAACCAGCUUCUAAGAGAAGAGUGUCAGGAGAGAAAGUCAUAGCCAUGUUACAUGGCAACAGUGGCCCCAGAACGUGACACAGCCCCCUCUGCUCUGACACUGAAGUUCAAUUGCUCUUACAAGAAGACAGAGCCUCAUCAUAUACUGAGACAUGUCUUUACAACUCUCUAUCCCUCGCUGCUCUCCCCUUUCCUCUAUGAGUCUAGAUUGCUCCCACUCCAGAAGACCUUGGAGGUUCAGAAGGUGACACUCUUCCCUCUCACUCAGCACAGAACCAAUACCACAGCUCCAUGCUGAAGGGCUCCAUGCUGUUGGAGGUGUCCUCAUUCACACUUGUGCUUGUUGAAAAAAAAAACCUGUUAUUUUUUGCAGCAGGAGGGAUGCUAGCUCUGGCCAAAUUUUUAUGAGGGAAAUUACAUCCUAUCUAAAUUCUCCCAGAAAUUUCAGUUGUACGUGAUAUUAUUACUCACUUGAUGUCCUAAACUGUUGUGUCGUACUAAUGCGUGUGUAAUUAAAAAGUUGCUAUGGUCAACUUCAGCGGUGGCUGCAUUUCAGCUAUGAUGUGAUUCCUGUAUGUACUGUGUAUAGUUUGUGUUUCACUUUGAGGGAUGCACAUGCAUAAGUAUCAGAUUAUCAAUGCCUCCAAACCAGCCCAUUGAGCAAACAGCACCAGGAUUCUUUGCAGCUACUCAACAUGAGGGAUGAAACUAAAUGGAUAACUAGCCUCUGAUUUCAACCCUUAAAGCUGGCAAAAAGAUGCACAAAUACAUCCAAGGCAUUGCUUUGGGGUUAUCAGAAAACAAAGCAAGAACCUACCAGCGUUGGGAUUUAAAGUGGCUCACAUCAAACAUAAGUUCUGAUAAGUGUAAGAAACAAAUAAAACAUUCACAGUGAUGGUCAAAUGAUAAAUGAAAUGAGCGUAAAACUGAAAACUUAAUCAAAACCAACCUGCACGGGGAAAUUACAAAUUAACUAGAGAGAGCUAAAAUGGUUCUUUACUGGGUACAUCAAAGUUAUCACAAAGGAAGCCAAACAGCCACUGCCUUGGAUUAGUCAACAAGCUUUUAAGUUACUCCACCAAAGCGAUGGCUUUCCUGGCUUGUGGGACCAAAAUCACAUUGUGGGUUGUCUGUUGAGUAGCCUUACUCCAUCCUCCCUUCUCACCCUUCUCAUCUUCCCUUUCUACCCCUCACUCCGACUCCUCCCUCAUCACUUGACUGGCUGUAGGCAGUUCUCAUCAUGGUGUUUCAGUUUCUUGUUGGCUCAGAGGGUGCAGACUGCCAUGUUAACCUUCCAUAAAACUGUGUAUAAAAGACUUAGCAUGUUAGUCAAACAAACAAUAAACUGACUUCUUCUCAAACACAGUCUCUUGCGUGGGU